CCCGUUGCCCAUCGUCACACCCUCACUAGUAAUACCUGUUCCCAGCGUCGAGCAUUGGUUUCACAGGUGUCGUGUCUUCUCCCCUGCACACACCGCCACGAUGCGCUUUCCGUGGAUUGUGACCGUCAUAACGGUCAUGGUCUCCAUGGGUCUGGUGGUGGUCAACGUGGGACAGCAUCAGGAGAUGCGCAAAUUAGAGCCGAUUUUUAUGAAGCAACUAAAGGAGUUGACACUCAAAACCGAGCGAGCGGAAAACCAGCAGACCUUCAGAACGUCCGUGGAGUCGCUGCUGGUGGACGCGACGAAAGCUGCGGAGGGCAUGGAGGCGAAGUUGAAAGACCUCGUCUCAGAGAUGGAGAAGAAGAAAACAGAACUCAACAACUGUCAAAUGGAUCAGAAAAGGAUGAAUGAUGAGGUGGAGGUUGGAAAAAAAGCAAACACCGAGACUGAAGCUACUUUUAAAUCAGAGGCUGAAGCCUGGAACAAGGAGCUAGAAACCCUGAAACAACAGAUGAAGGGUUUUAGUCCAGUAUGUAAGCAUGUGAAGCAGGACCCUAUGGCAGAUAAAUUAUGUGGCAUAGAACGAACUGAGGCUCCAGCAGCCCCAGAAGCUCCAAAAGCUCCAGAAGCCUCAAAAGCUCCAGAAGCCCCAAACGCUCCAGAAGCUCCAGCAGCUCCAGCAGCCCCAGAAGCUCCAAAAGCUCCAGAAGCCCCAAAAGCUCCAGAAGCUCCAGAGGCUCCAAAAGCUCCAGAGGCUCCAGAAGCUCCAGAAGCCCCAAAAGCUCCAGAAGCUCCAGAGGCUCCAAAAACUCCAGAAGCCCCACCACCCCAGUAGCUCCAGUAGCUGCCGAGGCAACAACAAUAAAUGGAUGAAGAUCUCGGCAAUAACUGAACUUGUCAGUUUUUAUCAAAGUUAUUUUUAUAUUCUCAGUGUCUUUCCAGGUAUGAGUUGAUGUGAUAUGUUCUUGCACUAAAAGGUAUGACAUACUGGCAAUAAAACAAUUUUUACUGAA